UAAUGAUGUUUGUGUUUUAGGUGAGAUAUUUUAUACAACCCCAUGGAGAAUGACCUUCAUUGUGUUAUGCUGUCUGGGAGCCAUCACUGUGAUUGGGUUAUCUCUGGCUAUCUACUGCAUGUGUAAUAAGAAAGAUAAACUCAGGAAGGAAAGUGAUGACAUCUGGGAGCAGAAUCAUGACAUCUGGGAGCAGAAUCAUGACCGCACUGAGGAGCUAAAAAUCCUGACUUCUCAGCUGGACUUUGAAACCAUCAGAAGACAUGCAGUGAAUGUGACUCUAGACCCUGAUUCUGCACAUCGUAACCUCAUCCUGUCUGAUGACGGGAAACAAGUGAGACAUGGAGAACUAAAGCCGGUUCUCUCUGACAACAGGAAGAGAUAUAAAAAUUGGUUCGGUGUCCUCGGAAAUGUGGGCUUCUCAAGGAAGUUCUACUAUGAGGUGAAGGUGGAGGGGAAGACUGAGUGGACUUUGGGAGUGGUCAGAAGGUCCAUCAAUAGGAAUGAGAGGUCUAGACCGAUCCCUUAUAAAGGAUACUGGACUGUGGAGCUAAAGAAUGGAAAGUACACAGCUCACGCUGAUUCCCCUGUCACCCUUUUACUGAGAGAGAAGCCCCUGAAAGUGGGGGUGUUUGUGGAUUAUGAGAAGGGACAGGUAUCCUUCUACAAUGUGGAGGCCAGGUCUCAUAUCUACUCUUUCACUGGCUGCUCCUUCACUGAGAAACUCUAUCCAUUCUUCAACCCUGGUGAUUCAGAUAGUAUUUCACUGGUUGUCUGUCCUGUGGAUGCCACUGACUGACUGUUUUAAAUCAAACAGGGUGCCAUUGUUAUUUAUGAAAUGCUUGUUACUCUGCUAAUGUGCAGUAAAUAUACUGUAUAUAAUUUUAAAAAGUGCUGAACAAGUAGUUAUAUUGACAACAUCCGUCCGAGCUCAUUUAUGUCUUAAUGGAAAUGACAGAUUGUCUUUAUAUCCGCUUGUCGUUCCCUUAUGCCAUAGUUUGUACAUCUCAAUUGUCAGUAGAAAACACAUUUGUUUAAACAAGUCAGCCAUAUUAGCAAUAUUUAAGAAGGCAGUAAAUGAGGCUCAAUGAACUGUUUCGCUGCCAGACAUGGCUCCGCUGAUAGCCAGGUGUAGCAGUGGUAAGGUCUUGGGACUGCUGAUGGGACUCUGCUGAUGGGACUCUGCUGUU